UGAGACUGUUUUGUACCAUUCAAUACACUGCGCUGACAUUGAUUUUGUUUCUAUUUCCGAGUUACUGGGAACAUACUACCACAAUCAUCGAAAUGAGCACCACGACGACGACGGCGACACCAACUUUGACUACUCAGUCCAAGAAGAGGGCUGGUUUGGUUGAAGAUGCCAAACUUUUACAACAUCCCGUUGAAAAGACCGGCAUUGCAGCAAUAUCACAAGGCAUGAUGCUCCCAGGCAUCCCAUCAUUUACAGACAUGGACAAGAAACGGCGUUGGAUGCUUGAGCACAUGGCAGGAGCCUUCCGGAUAUUUUCUCGCAAGGGAUUUACAGAGGGCAUGAGCGGCCACAUCUCGCUUCGAGAUCCCGAACAUAGCAACCUCUUCUGGACCAACCCGCUUGGUAUCCAUUUCGGCCUCAUCAAGGCUUCAGACAUGAUUCUGUUAAACCAUGACGGCGAGGUAGUAGGCGGCAACAGAUCUCGGCCCGCAAACGCGGCUGGUUUUCAGAUUCACAGCGCACUACACAAGAGAUACACGCACGUAAAUGCCGCUUGUCAUGCUCAUACAGUUAAUGGCAAGGCGUGGUCUGCAUUCGCAAGGCCGCUCGAGAUGAUUAACCAGGACGUCACCAUGUUUUACGGGGAUGCCCAAGCGGUGUAUAAGGAUUUCGGGGGUGUAGUCUUGACUCCAGAAGAAGGACGACGAUUAGGAACUGCUCUCGGCCCCCGAGGGAAACUGCUUAUUCUUCGCAACCAUGGUCUCCUCACUGUGGGCCACACCGUCGACGAGGCUGCCUACCUCUACACUCUGGCAGAGCGGAGCUGUGAGAUUCAGCUCAAGGUGGAGAAUGCAGCCGCUGCUGGGAGUCCAAGAGUCUUGAUUGAUCGGGAUGCCGCCGAGUUUACGUUCAAAAUGACAACUGACCCUGAGGCAGUUUAUUGCGAGUUUCAGCCAGACUAUGAGUAUGAACUAGCUGUCUCUGGGGGCGACUUUCUUCAAUGA